CCUCUUAUAGAAGACACCGGCUCAUCUCCCGCCUUCGUGCGCUACGCUGCAGAAGCUACAGUCUCUUUCGGCUCCAUUAGGUCUCAAGGUCUCAGAAAGUGAUUCAAAAUGCCAAUGACACUGGCUUACUGGGAUAUUCGUGGGCUUGCCCAGCCCAUACGUCUCCUGCUGGAGUAUACUGGGGAAGAGUUCGAGGACAAAUACUAUGUCUGUGGGGAAGCUCCAAACUAUGACAAGACCUGCUGGACUGAUGUAAAAAACAAACUUGGACUGGACUUUCCCAAUCUGCCCUACUUGCUGGAUGGAGACAGGAAGAUAACACAAAGCAAUGCUAUCAUGAGAUACAUUGCUCGUAAGCACAACAUGUGUGGAGAGACUGAGGAUGAAAAGGUUCGAGUGGACAUCAUUGAGAACCAGUCAAUGGACUUUAGAAAUGGGUUUGUGAGGCUGUGCUACACCAACUUUGAUGAGAUGAAGCCUGAUUACCUAAAGAUGCUUCCAAAUACACUAAAGCAGUUCUCAGAUUUCCUCGGAGAUCGAAAGUGGUUUGCCGGUGACAAGAUAACUUUUGUGGACUUCAUUAUGUACGAGCUGUUGGAUCAACACAGGCUCUUUGAUUCCAAAUGCCUGGAUGACUUCAAGAACCUCACAGACUUUUUAAACCGUUUUGAGGCUCUGGAGAAGAUUGCUGCAUACAUGAAGUCACCAAGAUUCAUGAAGGCUCCGAUAAACAACAAGAUGGCCAAAUUUGGAAACAAAUAGUAAAUAACAGUGCCUUUUAUGCCCUAGAAAAAUCAUGAAAAAUGUUAAUUAAUGAAACUGUCAAAUUAACACCAAAGUCAUGACUGGAAAAAAAAGUGUCAUUUUGCUCUCCAACUAGUAGAUUUGAUGGUGUUUAAUUGCGUAACAUGCCGUUUGUAAAACCAUUAAUGAUUUCAGAUUUGGGGCGGUCGGGACUAAUUUGUACUGAAACAUUUCUAAUGAAAGCACUUAUUGUUAGAAUUUAUAACCCUUUUUUUGACACAUUAAAGUGAAUUUUGUUCUGA